UUCUCCCCUCGUUUUCUCUCCCAACAACAAAACCCUAAAAAUCAUCUCUUUUUCGCAGAUUCAGUUUCGGACCUCGAGCAACGAACGCUUUGAUUCACCCAUCGAUCAUCAAUUAUCUUCUUCUCCCAACAGGGUUGUUAUGUUUUUUGCAGAGAUGUCUCCAGCAACAAAAUCAAAGUCAAAGGAUAAAAAAACGGGUAAAGAAGCUCAAAAGGCAUCACCAAAGCCUGCACUGUCGAUUAAUGGUAAUAGCAGCAUGGCAGCUAGUGCCUAUAACCCGGUUCUAGGAACAUUUCAAGUUCUUGAUUCGUUCUCGGUAGCUUCUGCCUCACCGCUACAGUAUGGUCGUUUCCGAAGUAUAGAUGAGGCAGAUGUAAACGGGGUCGAGUCCGAUUCCGUUUCGAACAAUGGUAGUUGCUCUGGCGAGUCGGAAGAUCACAAGGAGAAAACAACUAAUCUGCCCCUCAGGCAGGAGGUGAUACCAGGUUCGAGUGCAGACAAUGACAAGCGGGAAAAAGUUCGCCAGAAGAACGAGAGAAAACAUCAACGCCAGAAGGAGAGGCGGGCUCAGGAGUUGUAUGAGAAGUGUAGCACAUAUCUCAUGUCGAGAAAGCUCGAAGCCCUUACACAGCAGCUUGUGGUAAUGGGAAUAUCACAAGAGCAUGCGACGACGGCGUUGAUGAUGAACGAGGGAAAGGUAGAGGAAUCUGUUCAUUGGUUGUUUGACAGGGGCGAGGAAGAAAUCGAGAAGCAAAGCAUUCAGAGUCCUGGGAAUUUGAAAAUAGACAUAACAGAAGAACUAGCUAGGAUUACAAAAAUGGAGCAACAACUUAAGUGUACAAGGCAGGAAAUAGAGCGUGCGGUUGUUCAAGCAGAGGGUGAUUUGGACAGAGCAGAAGAAGUCAUGAAAGGCACAAAGUCUGAAGAAUUGUCUUUGCCAGUGAAACAAGACGAGUCUGGAAAUCAUGUUACAGCCAGUAAUGGUAAACUUAUAGUAGGGAUAAGUUAUCAGAAUUCGGAUGCAAAAAGGUCAGAAACACAGCCUGCUCCGUUACCAGCUUUACAGCCAACAAGAGACGACAAGAACUUUAACUAUACAAAAUCACCCCCCACAGCAGAACCCGUAAGUAAAAUGAUUCAGCCUAUGAAGCGACCCCAGCCGAAAUUGGAUUGGCCAAAACCACAACAAUCUGCUGUUUCUUUGGUUGAUAAAAGGUGGACAAAUACAGGAAAUGUUCCUUCUGCUUCUUACUCUUUGCCAUCAUCACCGUCACCUCAGCCUUCUGUGAGGGUCGAAGCUCGCUAUAUAGCUAGUGGAAAUGAGUUUAAGAACCCUCAGCAGCAGCCAGCAAUUAGGGAGCCAGUAGUAUCGAUGAGGCAGCGCCCACAAGUUGUAAGCACGAAUCCUGUUCCAACUUCAAGCAUGAGUGCACCCCCUACCAGUUGGCUCCCUGCAGCAACCAUAGAGAUCAUGAAGUCAAAUGGGUUCAUACAAACACACAACAUCCCUAGCGCGAGAAGCCCGAGUCCAAACAAUCUGAAUCCAAAUCAGAUCUACCAACAACUUCAAUAUCAAAACCAGAAUCGAUUCAGUAGCAAUAACCACCCAGUGGAUCCACAUGGUGGUAUCACUCGAGGGAAUGGCAACUUAUGGACCAGGAACAACAACACUGCAUCAUCUCCAUCCAUAUCUGCUGCGUCGUCGUUGGGACUGUUCUCGACUGUUGGUUCAACAGGAACAUCAGGUGCAUCAUCACCAAUAGAUUGGAGCUCUGGUGGUUCGGUCGACUACACAAGCAUAGACUGGAGUCUAGAUCAAGGUUUAUCCCAAAAUACUAGAUUCAAUGGGCUCUGGUCAGGGUCAAAGAGCAGCAACCACAUGUAUGAUGCAAACAUGAACAGGUAUAGUCUAAAUGGUUCCAUGGGAGGCCGGGUCAAUAGCAGCAUCGGUGUAUCUAUGGAGAAUGUGGGUGGUGGUGUAGCCGUGGAAACACAAACAGCAACUUCUCAGGAUUGGACUUCACCAUUUGAAGGAAAAGAUAUCUUUAGCUUGUCUAGACAAUAUGCAUCUCCUUCUCUGUAAGAGCAGAGGAGUUACAUAUGGAAAAUGGAAGUAAUAAAACAAGAAAAAGAAAAAAACACAGAAAAAAUGGUUUCAUGACUUCUCUGUUUGGUUUAUUAUUCGUGAAUAUGUCUUUUCCUCUUUAA